AUGACGAGAAUCCGUCUUGGAGUUCUAUCCGACUUCACCCAGGCCCGCUAUGUGCUCCAUCUUUCAAACGGCAAACGUCUAGUGUUGUUCCGUUUGCCUUCGAUCGAACCGCCCAACGGUCGAACUAACGUCGGAAACAAUGAAAGCGACGAUGGCUGGUCUUAUUACUCCAUGGAGGCUGAAUGCCCCCAUGCUGGUGGUCCCAUGCAGGACUCCCAGGUGGAUAUCGAAGAUUCCGCCUAUAUAGUGUCAUGCCCGUGGCAUGCAUACGAUUUCAAUGUAGAAACAGGAGAGUCGAGUGUCGGGAUCAAAGCCUGUACAUUCCCCGUGGAUGUGCGGGGCGAGUUCGUGACCCUGGAAUACAUCGAUGACAACUGCCCUGAUAUGACUCUGGACCGACUUGAGCCCGUCAGCGAGAAGAUGAAGUUAAAGAAGCAUGACCGCGACACGCGCCAAGUUCCCACCCCAUCACCUACCCAAGUGAAAGCCCAGGACAUCCAGUCAGAGGCGCCUACGUAUUUAGACGACAGUGCCACGCUUUGCGACUGGUGCGCCCACAUCUUGAACACCUCUAACCCGGAGCACAAGAUCGAACUGACGGCCCAUUUGUUCGCCCUAUUCGCCGAAAAGGGUUCUUCCAUGCCCCUCGGAGACGGUAACGUUGCUCUCCCCGCCCAGCCGCCCCGUGAGGGCUUAGAGGAGGUGAAGCCCGGUGCUAUGCCGAGGGCUGGAAGAGGUGGAACCUUGAAAAGCCGCAUCUCCAUGCUCCAUGCAUUGGCCAAUAUCGAACUCUGGGCAAUCGACCUUGCGAUUGAUAUCUGUGUGAGGUUCGCCGCGUUCGAAACGCGAAACACCUCACGGCCACUGCCACGUGCUUAUUUCCACGAUUGGCUCAAAGUUGCCAACGACGAGGCCAAGCACUUCUCCUUACUUCGCGCCCGACUCGAGGAGAUGGGCUCCUACUUUGGGGCCCUCCCGGUACACCACAGCCUCUGGAACUCGGCCACUGAUACAGCCGACGAUCUCCGCGCGCGCAUUUCUAUCAUUUGUCUGGUUCAUGAGGCUCGAGGUCUGGAUGUCAAUCCCAUGACGAUUGAUAAGUUCCGCAAAGCCGGCGACCCCGAGAGUGUCCAGACCCUCGAGAUCAUCCACAACGAUGAGAUUACCCAUGUCACCACGGGCCACAGGUGGCUAACGUGGAUUUGCCAGGAAGAAGGAACCGAUCCUGUGCAGGUCUUUCGUGAGAACGUUAAAAAGCACUUUCGAGGACCUCUUCGAGAGCCGUUCAAUGCAGAAGCCAGGAUGCAGGCGGGUAUGGACCGGCGGUAUUAUGAGAACUUGGACUCAGCCGGUAUUCAGGUUGCUUGA